AUGAAUUUUGCUGCCCAACUUAUUUAUGCCAAUUUCUUCAGUGAUGGCCCGCCUCAGGGGAAAGGAUUCAGCGAUACCGAAGAGUAUGAUCCUUUUUGGCAGAGUGAGGAAGAGCGCAUCGGAUCAUCCAAACAAGGCUGCCCCUCGAAAAGUGGGACGUGUCAAAAGGAUGGUACUGUCAGCAAUGGCAACGUGGGCCGCAGACCCACUCUCAUCUGCCCAGAACGCCUAAAGGACUUUGGAGCCGAGGAGUACCUAAAUGGGGACGUGAAAACCUGGGAGACCACAGUGGUGGGACCGCCAGCUAAUGUUCAGCUGAUGUCUCCACCUAAACCCUCCUCAAAGAGGGGCAUCGAGUCCAAGUCUGCCCCCAAACCCCCUGCAGAGUACCUCCGCUUUGAGGAUAUCAGCGCUGCAGCCUUCAAGAUCCAGUUAGGAUUACAGAAGACUCCUUGCACAUACUCCAGACUAUCCAAGCAGUAUGGGAUGGAGAUCUACCUUAAGAAGGAGCACCUCCAUUACACUGGCUCCGUCAAGGAGAGAGGAGUGUUUUAUCUGCUCAGUACACUAAAACAGGAGCAGCAGAAGAGAGGUGUGAUUGUGGCGACAGACUGUAAUUUCUCCAUGGCAGUGGCAUAUCACGCAGUAGAGUUGCAGAUUCCUGUCUUUGUCAUCAUGCCAGCCUACAGUUCUCCACCACGGCUAAGGAUGUACCGUGAUUACGGCGCCAUGGUGAUAUCCUAUGGAAGCACAGCACGUGAUUCACAGAACCAUGCACGCCACCUGGCUAAAGAGAAUGGCUACCUCUGUCUGGAAGAAGAAGACAGUGCCGUCUAUCUGGCAGGACUGGGCACGGUUGGUCUGGAGAUAUAUGAGCAGGUGCCCAAGCUGGAUGCAGUCAUUGUGCCCGCAGGUGGACAAUGUGGUCUUGUGGCUGGCACUGCUGCUGCCAUCAAGCACCUGAACCCUCGUAUCUCUGUCAUAGGUGCAGAGCCUGAAGAGUUUCCACUCUUACUUCAGUCCCUUAAAACAGACUCUCCAAUCAAGGACCUUUACUGCAGCCCUAAUAAGAAACUUUAUGGAGAUCUGGUGGAGCACUCUCUGGGAAGUCAUACUUUCCAGCUGGCUAAGAAGUUGGUGGACAAAGUCGUAUCCGUCAGAGAGGAGGAUGCCCUUGUGGCCAUGCUCAGGUUUCAGGAAUAUGAGCGUUCCACUGUGGAUACAGAGGGAGCUAUGGGACUGGCGGCCAUCUUAGCUGGACAGCUGCCAGAGCUGAAGGGCAAAAGGGUUGUAGUGGUGGUUAGCAGUGCUAACAUGGAACUGGACCUGGUUAGACAAUGUGUGGAGCGAGCACUUGUUCUGGAUGAUCGUGUCAGUCGUUUCAGCGUUCAGCUGGGGGACUGGCCUGGUGAAAUGGCCAAGCUACUGGAUAUACUGGCUCGUGAAGAUGUCAGGCUAUUGGAUGUUUGUCACAGGAGGCAGAGUGACAGAGCUGAACUCUUCAAAGCUCAGGUUGAAUGUGUUGUGGAGACCAGAGAUAAAACUCAGAACUGUCAGCUACGCAGAAUGCUGUCUGACCGCUACCCGGCGCUACGCUGGCUCGACCGGUGA